AUGCUGGCGGCCGAGACGACGUGGAUGGACACGGGCAGCUACCCGCACCGGUACCUGUAUGUGGCGUUCGCCAUCUUCCAGUGCUUCCUGGGCGCUGGGAUCAUCUUCGGCUGGACGUCGCUGGUGCCGAUGCUGGAGAAGGAGAGGAUAUACAACGAGCUCUGCAAGACCGGAGAGACGAUCUGCUCGGCGCAGAGUGACCGCCUCCAGUAUGCGUUCACGAUGGCGGUCUCCAGCAGCAUGUGGUCCAAUCUACUGCUCGGCCUCGUUUUCGACAAAUUUGGACCCCGCAUUACAAAGUCGCUGUCGCUGGUGCUGCUGAUUACUGGCGCGUUACUCAUGGGCAACGCACAUUAUAGAGAAAACGCUGAAGGACACGACUUGCUGCUCUUCGGAAUGGUUUUCGUUGGGUUCUCCGGUCCCGGCAUCCAGCUAGCUGGCAUCCACAUGUCCAACCUGUUCCCCGAGGCGACGGCGUUGGUUGCUUGCUUCAUCGUCGGCGGGCUCCAGCUGAGCUUCCUCAUCUUCACGCUGUUCGACCUCGCGUACACGAAGCUGGGCAUGUCGAUGGCGACGAUCUUCGAGAUCUACGCUGCUGUGCUGUUCCUGUCGCUUAUCGGCACUGUUUUGACGGAGCCUGACACGCCGUUCGAGGCUGUUCCGAGUGAAGAGCACGAGCUGCUGUCGCCGAUGCGCCUGCCCUCCGUGUUCAAGGAGGAGGAGGCGUCUCUGCUCAUGUCCACGCCCGAGCUGGAGAAGUACCGCAGACGGCAUCGCUUGCCGACGGACGAGGUGUUCUUCGAUGGAGACCUCCACAACCGCUCCUUCCGGACGCAGGUGCUGUCCAAGCCGUUCCUGUUGAUCGUCUUCUACUUCUCGAUCCUGUCGCUGUGGUGCAACUUCUUCCUGGGCAGCAUCACGGGGCUAUUGCGUUGGAAGGGUCUACCCGAGAGUGAGGUGGCGAGUCUGCUUGGAAAGCUGGCGGUCGUGCUGCCGAGUAGCGUCGUCUUCAUCCCGUUCGUCGGGUACCUGCUCGAAAAGUGCGGCUACACGUACUCGUCGCUGCUGUGCACGGUGGUGGCACUGUGCUUCACGGCCAUGCUGAGCAACUCGUCUUCCGGCUGGAUCGUGGCGGGUUUCGUGACCUACGCGUUCUUCCGCACCAUCAUGUUCCCGCUGCUGUUCGCGUAUUUGGGGCACCGCUUCGGCUUCCAGCACUACGGGGCGCUGUCGGGCAUCGCCUUCUGCAUCGGCGGCGUUGUGGGGCUACUGCAGACACCCAUCGCAGCCAUCGGUGACUUCCAGACCAUCGGCUAUGUGCAGGUGCGUGACUUCGGCUCGCUGCUGCUUACGCUCGUUGCACCCUACUUUGAGCGGCAACGGGACGGGUACUACUAGUGCGAGUGUGACCAGGUCAUUAUCAACGGCUGCGUCAAUGAAGCGUAUUUGGUAAAUAU